UUUGAGUAAACUGUUAAGAGUACAGAUAUGGUGUUCAAAUAAAGCGAGAAAGAAGGGAAACGCAUUUCCUUUCCGGUACCGGAAUUUUUUUUUUUUAAAAAUGGCCUCACCGGCAUCUCCACUUCAGAGAUCCAACCCUUCUCCUCUCCAACGCCUCUCCACCUUCACCAACCCAACCUUCUCAACCAGCACCACCAACAUCGCCACCGCCACGUCAGCACUCGACUCCAUAGCCUCCGAUCCCAUUCUCUCCGCCUUCCUCUCCCCAUCCUUCUCCACCACUUCGUUCUCCUCCGCCGCCCUCUCCUCCGGCUCACCCGCCUCCACCGCCGAGAAACUCCACUCCGCGAUCCGACUCCUCGACUCUCAGCUCCGCCACGAGGUUCUCUCUCGCCACGACGACCUCCUCUCCCAGCUCUCCUCUCUCCACCACGCUAACGUCGCACUCUCCACCCUCCGCUCCUCCGUUUCCUCCCUCCAAUCCUCCAUCCGCAAAGUCCGAUCCGAUCUCUCCGACCCGCUCCGAUCCAUUAACUCCCAAACGAUCCAACUCUCCAACCUCCACUCCACCUCUCACCUCCUCGGCCACUCACUCCGCGCUCUCCGCCUCUCCAAGAAGCUCCGCGACCUCGCCUCCGUCGACGACACCGAAAAACUCGAUCUCGCCAAGGCUGCACAGUUCCACUCCGAGAUCCUCGCGCUUUACAACGAGUAUGACCUCGCCGGCAUCGAUGUAGUCGACGAAGAGCUCAAAUUCGUUAAGGAAAUCGGGGAGAAACUCCGAUCCGAAGCAAUGAAGGUGUUGGAGAGAGGAAUGGAGGGAUUGAAUCAAGCUGAAGUAGGAACAGGAUUGCAGGUUUUCUAUAAUUUAGGGGAACUGAGAGCUACAGUGGAGCAAUUGGUGAAUAGGUAUAAGGGAAUGGCAGUGAAGAGCAUAGGUGCGGCAUUGGAUAUGAAGGCGAUAACGGGAUCUGGGGCGGUGUUCGGGCCGGGAGGAGUGAGAGGAAGUGGGACACCGCAGAUAGGUGGAGGGGCGAAGGCGAGGGAGGCAUUGUGGCAGAGAAUGGGGAGUUGUAUGGAACAGUUGCAUUCCAUAGUGGUGGUAGUGUGGCAUUUGCAGAGAGUCUUGUCCAAGAAAAGGGAUCCCUUUACUCACGUUUUGCUGCUUGAUGAGAUCAUUCAGGAAGGUGAUUCUAUGUUAACAGAUCGAGUCUGGGAGGCACUUGUGAAGGCUUUUGCAAGUCAAAUGAAGUCAGCUUUCACUGCAUCAAGUUUUGUUAAAGAGAUAUUUACUAUGGGAUAUCCCAAACUCUUCUCCAUGAUAGAAAAUCUUCUUGAAAGAAUUUCACGUGAUACAGAUGUCAAAGGGGUUUUACCUGCUAUCAGUUCAGAGGGGAAGGAUCAAAUGGUUGCAGCUGUUGAAAUAUUCCAGACAGCAUUCUUGGCUCUGUGCUUGGGUCGCCUGUCAGAUCUCGUGAAUACUGUAUUUUCUGUGUCCAGCCGUGGAAAUGUUCCCACCAAAGAGCACAUCUCAAGGAUCAUAUCACGCAUUCAGGAGGAGAUUGAAGCUGUUCAGUUGGACGGGCAUUUGACUCUUCUUGUCUUGCGUGAAAUUGGCAAGGUUUUGAUCCUGCUCGCACAACGUGCUGAGUACCAGAUAUCUACUGGUCCUGAAGCACGUCAAGUAAGUGCUCCUGCAACUGCUGCCCAACUCAAGAACUUCACAUUAUAUCAGCAUCUACAAGAAAUUCAUACCCGCAUAUCAUCAAUGAUUACAGGACUGCCAAGUAUUGCUGCAGAUGUGUUGUCUCCCUCAUUAGGUGCAAUAUAUGGGGUUGCCUGUGACUCAGUGACAUCCUUAUUCCAAGCAAUGCUUGAGCGUCUUGAGUCUUGUAUCUUGCAAAUUCAUGACCAAAACUUUGGUGUCCAUGGCAUGGAUGCUGCAAUGGACAACAAUGCAUCACCUUACAUGGAGGAGUUGCAGAAGUGCAUUCUUCACUUCCGUAGUGAGUUCCUAUCUAGGCUGUUGCCUUCUUCAACAAAUGCAGCCACUGCAGGGACAGAAACCAUAUGCAGUAGGCUUGUUAGGAACAUGGCUUCACGGGUUCUAAUAUUCUUUAUCAGGCAUGCUUCUCUUGUUAGACCCCUUUCAGAAUCAGGCAAGCUUAGGAUGGCUAGGGAUAUGGCUGAACUGGAGUUAGCAGUGGGCCAGAAUUUGUUCCCAGUAGAGCAACUUGGUGCACCAUACCGGGCCCUUAGAGCAUUCCGACCUCUUAUUUUCUUGGAAACAUCUCAACUGGUAUCUUCUCCUCUUCUUCACGAUUUGCCACUGAGUGUCAUACUUCACCAUCUUUACUCCCGAGGCCCUGAAGACUUGCAGUCACCACUGCAAAGGAACAAACUUACAAAUGUGCAGUAUUCAUUGUGGCUAGAUUCGCAAGGAGAAGAUCAAAUCUGGAAAGGCAUCAAAGCAACUCUGGAUGAUUAUGCUGCCAAUGUUAGGGCCAGAGGAGACAAGGAGUUUAGCCCUGUAUAUCCUCUUAUGCUUCAAUUAGGAUCUUCUUUGACCAAGAAUGCUCCAGCAUCCUGAAAGCCUUAAUGUCUGGUAUACCUCUUGUAAAAUAGUCACUCUCAAACCAGAAUGGUGUUCGCUAGGUUUUUGCUUUUAGGUAGAUGUUGCAGAUGGGAAUAGUUGCCCAAACUUCAUAAAAGAUCGUGCUAGUUCUGCUGAGAACUUUGAGUUUUCUUCCUGUAGUUUCAUACUUGGUGGCUGAUUAAAUCUGAAGAAUGGCAGCACCGACUUCAUUUGUAUACUAUUCAAGUUUGAUUAUUAUAUUCAUUGGUUCACCUUCUUCUCACCCUUUCAUGUAGUGUUAAUGUCCCCCAAUAUUUUUCGUGUGAUAUAAAUUUACGUAUGAAAAUGGUCGAUCUUCGUUUCUAUUUUACUUCGGUUUUGUAGAUCAUGUAGGACUUUUCAAACUUCGUGCCAGACUUCUUGUAAUAGUUACAUUAUAUGAACAUUUGGGGAAAAAAAACAAUAAAAAUAAUACAUCUUGGAUAUUC